AUGGUUUCUCAAAUUCCAACUACCUUUUCUGGAGUACAAUCUAAAUUUGUAGAUAGUUCAAAAAAUCUGUUAAAAGAUGUAAAAAAUCCUUUAGAUUCAUUGAAAAGUAAUAGAUAUAAACAAAGUGAAAAUGUAAAAAAUAAUCCAUUACAAAUUCAUAGUAAUUUUAUAUUAGAAGCUAUGGAAAAGACUAGUUGUGUUAAAAUUUCAAAACGAUGGCAAUUAGCACUUUUAUCAAAUAUUGGAUUUUUAAUAGUUUUUGGAAUUAGGUGUAAUUUUGGUGCUGCUAAAAAUAGGAUGGCUAAAAAUUAUACAGAUCCAUGGGGAAAUCAUCAUGUAAAAGAAUUUAAUUGGACAAUAAAUGAAUUAGGAGUUAUGGAAUCGUCAUUUUUUUAUGGAUAUUUAGUUACACAAGUACCAGCAGGAUUUUUAGCAACUAAAUUUGCUCCUAAUAAAUUAUUUGGUAUAGCAAUUGGAAUGGCAUCUUUUUUUAAUAUUUUUUUACCAUUUGCUUUUAAUUCACAUUCUGAUACACUUGUUGCUACUAUUCAAAUAUUACAAGGUCUUGUACAAGGUGUAUCAUAUCCAGCAAUGCAUGGUUGUUGGAAAAAUUGGGCACCACCAUAUGAAAGAUCUAAAUUAGCAACAACAGCAUUUACUGGUUCAUAUGCUGGUGCAGUAUUAGGUUUACCAGUAAGUGCAUUUUUAGUAUCAUAUAUAGAUUGGUCAACACCAUUUUAUGUAUAUGGUGUUGCUGGAGUUAUAUGGUCUAUUUUUUGGUUUACAAUGACAUUUGAAGAACCAGCAUUUCAUCCAACAAUAACAGAAGAAGAAAAAAAUUUAAUUAUUAAUGCUAUUGGUCCUGUUUCACAUACACAUCCAACAUUUUCAACAAUUCCAUGGAAAGAUAUUUUAACAUCAAAACCAGUAUAUGCUAUUAUAGUUGCUAAUUUUGCUAGAUCAUGGACAUUUUAUCUUCUUUUACAAAAUCAAUUAUCAUAUAUGAAAGAUGUAUUUGAUAUGCGAAUUAAUGAUAGUGGACUUGUUGCAGCAUUACCACAUGCUGUAAUGGGUAUUGUUGUUUUAUUGGGUGGUCAAUUAGCUGAUUAUUUAAGAUCACAUAAAAUUCUUUCUACAACAGCUGUAAGAAAAAUAUUUAAUUGUGGUGGAUUUGGUGGUGAGGCAUUUUUUAUGCUAUUUGUAGCAUAUACAAAAUCAGAAACAAUUGCUAUAUUAUGUUUAAUAUUAGCUGUUGGUUGUUCUGGAUUUGCAAUAUCUGGUUUUAAUGUUAAUCAUUUAGAUAUUGCUCCACGUUAUGCUGCUAUUUUAAUGGGAUUUUCUAAUGGAAUAGGAACAUUAGCUGGAUUAAUUUGUCCAUUUGUUACAGAAAGUUUUACAGAACAUGGAUCACAUGGUUGGGUUAAAGUUUUUCUUUUAGCUAGUUUAAUACAUUUUACUGGAAUAACAUUUUAUGGUGUUUAUGCUUCUGGAGAAUUACAAUAUUGGGCUGAACCAAAACCAGAAGAAGAACCAUGGAAUGCAAUUAAUCAAUCUUCCCAUCCUACAAAUAAUAACAAUACUAUACAAAAUUAUGGAACUUCUAAUACAAUUAACAAUAAUCAAUCUAUAAAUUCAUAUCCAAUGACAGCUAUAAAUUCUAAUAUUAAUUAUCCUUCUAAUAUUCAAACAAUACAACAACCACAUUCUGUUCUAAAUGAAGGAAAUUAUAAUUAUAUUCCUGGAAAUGCGAAUCCUUUUACUUCAGCAUGGGAUAAUCCUGUUAAUGAUACAAAUAAUUACAAUAAUAAUUACCAACAAAAUCCCUAUCAAUAA